AUGCUAGCAUUGCGCCCAUCCUUCUCUACGGCCAGCUUUGCUGCGGCUUCGCUGCGCCACUGCUCGAGCAGCCUUGUUCUGCGUAGCUAUUCGACGGCAACUGACCCAUCACAACUGGCAACGCUCACACCGCUCUCUGACCUGGCCAAAGCCGAGCUGGGAUCCGUCUCGCCCUACGACGAACACAUCUCGGUGCUGACGCUCAACCGUGCCCCGGCCAAGAAUGCCAUCUCUCGCGCGCUCCUUGCCGAAAUGGACCAGCACGUCACUUCGCUGCUCACAUCUUCUACGGUGCGAACGCUGUUGAUACGCUCCUCUGUCCCUGGCACGUUUUGCGCCGGAGCUGAUCUCAAGGAGCGCAAGGGCAUGUCGAAAGCGGAAGUGGAUGCGUUUCUGCUCGGGCUGCGCAGAGUGUUUACCGGCGUCUCGCGGCUGCCCAUGCCCACCAUCGCCUGUUUGGACGGGCUGGCGAUGGGUGGAGGGUUGGAACUCGCGCUCACGUGCGACCUGAGAAUUGCAGGGCCCGCGGCGACCAAGCUCGGUCUGACCGAGACAAAAUUGGGAAUCAUCCCGGGUGCAGGUGGCACCAGCAGAAUGACCAGGCUGGUAGGGCCUGCGCGUGCGAAAGAGCUCAUCUUUAGCGCCAAACUCGUCGAUGGCAUUGAGGCAAGUCGCAUUGGCUUUGUCGAUAUUGUCGCACAAGAGGGCGAUGGUACGGCUGCUUUCCAGAAGGGCGUGCAGCUCGCAAGAUCUUUUGCAAAGAAUGGACCUCUGGCAGUACGAGCUGCUAAGCUUGCCAUCGACAAGGGCGAGCAGAUGGACCCUGAGACCGCGCUCGACUUUGAACGACAGUGCUACGAGACCAUCCUGGGCACAAAGGACCGCUUGGAAGGGCUGAAGGCGUUUGCAGAAAAGCGAGAACCUGUCUACCGCGGCGAGUGA